AUGUCAGAAUCCGAUAGUUCAGAUAUUGAUACUAGUUCUGCGGACAGUUCAAUAAAAGUUGAAAAUUAUAAAUCUAGGAAAGAAUUAAAAGAGGCAGUUUUAAAAGACGCUGUAAAGAAAGAAUUUUUAGAGCAAACUAGGAAACACAUAGUUAAAACUGAAAAAACUGUUAGGAAAAAUUUAGUAAGAACACAUAGUUUAACAGAACAGAUAGGUACCACGCCACGAAAACAAACCGUAGGUCGUUUAGGUACUAGGUCAGACUCAAGCGUAAUUCACAUGCAGUUAGAGUCAGUGGUUAAGAAAAAAACGAGUAAAAUGGAUUUAGAUAAAGCAAUUGCUAUGAUACCUAUUUGCACGGGCAAAAAGGACGUAGCUGAAUUUAUAAAUAUUUGUGAAAUCGCAAUUAAAGAAACAACGGAAGCAGAUACACCGAUAUUAUUAAAAAUAAUUACUUCUAAGUUAACGGGAAAUGCGUUAGAAGCAGACGUCAAUAACGAGGAAAAACGACAAAAUGGUGGUAAUACAAAUAACGCAGUUAAUCGCGGAGGAAACGGUAAUUCAAAUCAAAGCAAUAGAAAUAAUAAUUUCAACGGGUAUAACAACCGAUAUGUUAAUCACAACAACCGCAAUAACUAUGGGAAUAAUAAUCAGAGCGGAUAUGGCUCACACAUGGUUAAUCGCGGCGGUCAUCGAGGCGGAAACGGCUAUGGACGGAAUUUCAAUGGCAAUAAUGUACAACAAAAUAAUAUUAACCGAGGCACCGGAUGCUACACUUGUGGUAGAUCUAAUCACAUAGCACGAGAUUGCUGGAGCAAUCGACCUAAUGCGCAACAAAAUACGUAUAACAAUAAUCGUGUAAGCGGCACGCGCCAUGCGAACAACAGCAAUAAUGUUCGUAGGGACAAUAACAAUACUCAGGGCGUACUUUGCAGUUACUGCAAUAAGAUAGGUCAUGAAAUUUCAAACUGUUAUACAAAACAGAAAAACGAAAGAAGCACGUCGGGAAACGCCAACGGACCAUCACCAGUGGGAGUCAGAUUGGUCCAAGAAAUAGUUCAAGACCCACACACAGGAUUUUCCACAUCACAGCAAAAUUAA